CGGAAAGAAGUUCAAACGUCAAAGAUUUCAGCAGUCAGCAGUCGACUUUUCUGUUCAAAAUCGACCAUGUUGGGUGCUGUGGCAAGGGCAAGUUCUAGCCUUUUGGCUGGAAAAACUAUCGAAAAGAUUGGAGCAGACUCUCUUAAAAUAGUGUCAUCAUACAAUGUUUCCAGCAGGAAUUAUGCUGCUAAGGCCGCAGCCUCCGGUAAAAGUGCUGGUAAAGUUGUUGCCGUUAUUGGUGCCGUAGUGGACGUCCAGUUCGACGAAGAAUUACCACCCAUUCUCAAUGCAUUGGAAGUACAAAAUCGAACUCCUAGACUUGUGUUGGAGGUUGCCCAACAUUUGGGAGAAAAUACAGUACGUACCAUUGCUAUGGAUGGUACCGAGGGUAUUGUUCGUGGACAGCAAGUGAAUGAUACAGGCUACCCUAUCCGAAUUCCUGUAGGUGUAGAAACAUUAGGAAGAAUCAUGAAUGUAAUUGGGGAACCCAUUGAUGAGAGAGGUCCAAUUCCCACUGAUAAAUUGGCUUCCAUUCACGCUGAAGCUCCAGAGUUUGUUGAUAUGAGUGUUGAACAAGAAAUUCUAGUAACAGGAAUCAAGGUUGUGGAUCUUUUGGCUCCAUAUGCCAAAGGAGGAAAGAUUGGUCUGUUUGGUGGUGCUGGUGUAGGCAAGACUGUACUCAUUAUGGAACUGAUCAACAACGUUGCCAAAGCCCAUGGUGGUUACUCUGUAUUUGCAGGAGUAGGCGAAAGAACCCGUGAAGGAAACGACUUGUACCAUGAAAUGAUAGAGUCUGGAGUAAUCUCUCUCAAAGACAAGACUUCCAAGGUAGCUCUGGUCUAUGGACAGAUGAAUGAACCACCAGGCGCACGUGCCCGUGUAGCUUUGACUGGACUUACUGUUGCUGAAUAUUUCCGUGAUCAAGAGGGACAAGAUGUAUUGCUUUUCAUCGACAAUAUUUUCAGAUUUACUCAAGCUGGUUCAGAAGUAUCUGCUCUGUUGGGUCGUAUUCCCUCCGCUGUAGGUUAUCAACCAACUCUGGCCACCGAUAUGGGUAGCAUGCAGGAAAGAAUCACCACCACCAAAAAGGGGUCCAUUACUUCUGUACAGGCUAUCUAUGUACCAGCUGAUGAUUUAACAGAUCCUGCUCCUGCUACUACUUUUGCUCACUUGGACGCUACCACUGUAUUGUCACGUGCUAUUGCAGAAUUAGGUAUCUACCCCGCUGUCGAUCCAUUGGAUUCCACCUCACGUAUCAUGGAUCCCAAUAUCAUUGGAGCAGAACAUUACAAAGUAGCUCGUGAUGUACAAAAGAUCCUUCAAGAUUACAAAUCUCUACAAGAUAUCAUUGCCAUUUUGGGUAUGGAUGAAUUGUCUGAAGAUGACAAACUAACUGUUGCUCGUGCUCGUAAAAUCCAACGUUUCUUGUCACAACCUUUCCAAGUAGCCGAGGUUUUCACUGGUCAUGCUGGAAAACUUGUACCUCUUGAAGAAACAAUCAAAGGAUUCCAGAAAAUCCUUGCAGGUGACUAUGAUCAUUUGCCAGAAGUAGCAUUUUACAUGGUCGGGCCAAUUGAGGAAGUAGUCCAAAAAGCCGAAAAAUUAGCAGAAUCAUCUUAAAUUUUUUAUAUCUACGAUACUUGUAUUAAUUUUCAGAGCAUGCUUCGUUUGGAAGAAAAAAAUAGCAUUAGAGAAAACUGUUCCAACACAAAAAAGAACUGUUCCAACACCAUACAUUUUUAUAUCGAUAUUUUUAUUUAUGAGUUGAAGCAAUUCUAAGAUGUAAUUGUUGUAUUUCCCGUUUGAUUAUUACAAUAAAAGUAAACCUCAAUCUGGA